AUGGUGUCGCUACUCCCUCCGCAGUCUGACGUCACACUGCCAGGCUCCACCCGACUGGAGGGCGAACCCCAAGGGGACCUCAUGCAGGCUCCGGGCCUCCCGGUCUCUCCUGCCCCACAGAGCAAGCAUGCCAACUUCAGCUGCUCAUCGUUUGUGCCUGAUGGUCCUCCGGAGAGGGCACCCUCAUUGCCCCCACACAGCCCAAGCAUUGCCUCUCCAGGCCCAGAGCAGAUCCAGAGCCACUGCACAGCCGGACCUGGCCCAGGCUCCUUCCGCCUUUCUCCCUCAGACAAGUAUCCUGGCUUUGGCUUUGAGGAGGGACCAUCAGGCACCCCAGGGCGCUUCCUCAAGGGCAACCAUGUGCCUUUCCACCCCUACAAGAGGCAUUUCCACGAGGACAUCUUCCCUGAGGCCCAGAUGGCCAUGGCCCUUGAUGGACACUCCUUUAAGACUCCAGGGGCACUGGAAGCUUUUGAGGAGAUUCCUGUGGAUGUGGGAGAUGCUGAAGCCUUCCUGCCUGGCUUCCCAGGAGAAGCUUGGUGCAAUGCACUCCCUUACCCCAGCCAGGAACACAGCCAAGUUCUGGGGUCAGAGGUCAAGGUCAAGCCCCAAGCUGUGGACAGCGGCCCUGGGAUGUACUGCUACCAGCCUCCCUUGCAGCAUAUGUACUGCUCCUCUCAGCCUGCCUUUCAUCAGUACUCCCCAGGUGGGGGCAGCUAUCCUGUGCCCUACCUGGGCUCAGCUCACUAUCCCUAUCAGAGGAUCGCACCCCAGGCCAGCGCUGACGGGCACCAGCCACUCUUCCCCAAGCCCAUCUACUCCUACAGCAUCCUCAUCUUCAUGGCCCUUAAGAACAGUAAGACCGGAAGCCUUCCAGUCAGCGAGAUCUACAAUUUCAUGACGGAGCACUUCCCUUAUUUCAAGACGGCGCCCGACGGCUGGAAGAAUUCUGUCCGCCACAACCUGUCUCUUAACAAGUGCUUUGAGAAGGUGGAGAACAAAUCAGGAAGCUCCUCUCGGAAGGGCUGUCUGUGGGCCCUCAACCCUUCCAAAAUCGACAAGAUGCAGGAAGAGCUGCAGAAGUGGAAGAGGAAGGACCCCAUUGCUGUGCGAAAAAGCAUGGCCAAACCAGAAGAGCUAGACAGCCUCAUUGGAGACAAGAGGGAGAAACUGGGCUCUCCGCUGCUGGGCUGUCCACCCCCUGGGCUGGCAGGACCAGGCCCCAUCCGGCCCCUGGCAUCUCCCGCUGGUCUCUCCCAGCCUCUGCACGCAAUGCACCCAGCUCCAGCUCCCAUGCCUGGCAAGAGCCCGCUGCAGGACCUGCUGGGUGGUCACGCACCCUCCUGCUAUGGGCAGACCUACCCACACCUUUCUCCCAGCCUGGCCCCUUCUGGACACCAGCAGCCACUGUUCCCCCAGCCGGAUGGGCAUCUUGAGCUGCAGGCCCAGCCAGGCACCCCCCAGGACUCGCCUCUUCCUGCCCACACACCACCCAGCCACAGUGCCAAGCUGCUGGCUGAGCCUUCCCCAGCCAGGACCGUGCACGAUCCUCUGCAGCCAGAUGGAGACCUUGGCACCGACCUGGAUGCCAUCAAUCCCUCUCUCACCGACUUUGACUUCCAGGGAAAUCUGUGGGAGCAGCUGAAGGAUGACAGCUUGGCCCUGGACCCCCUGGUACUAGUGACCUCGUCCCCGACGUCAGCCUCCAUGUUGCCACCCCCACCAGCAGCCCAGUGCUUUCCCCAAGGGCCCUGUCUGGCAGAAACAGGCAAUGAGACAGGUGAACUGGGGCCUCCAGGCAACGGGGGCUCCGGCGCGCUGGGAGACCUGCACCUCAGCACCCUCUACUCGGCCUUUGUGGAACUGGAACCCACUUCCUCCUCGGCUGCUGCCAGCCCUGCCGUGUACCUCAGCCCCGGCUCCAAGCCAAUGGCUCUGGCUUGA